AGGGGUCGUGUGAGUGGCUGGGCUACGCCGGUGGCGUAAGAACGAAGCGGGAUUCAACCGGAGAGUGGCUGUCGCCUCUGGUUGCUAUGGAAGCGCCGAAGGCUGUCCCCGUUGCUAGGAGGCGGGGCUAAUUGAUGGACAGUUGCCAGAGUUACGAGGCUCCCUUUCCUCCCUCCCUGUAUCUUACUCUUGGUUCAUCGCCCCCGAGCCCCUUCCCCCCGUUUUAAUUGACGUAACUGAAACAAAUAUUGAUAAUUGCUGGUCUGCUGCUAGUGUGGUCUUGAGGGUCAAGGGCCAAGUCUGCCCAAAGACCCUCAGGGAGAUCCCUGGAGAACCCGCCCUGUAGAGGCUCCCGCAUCAAAAAUAGCAUUUCUCCACUUGGACGGAUAUCGCUGGUUUUUUGCUGCCUUUGUUCCGUGUCUUUAGGGCCACGCACUGACUCCUAGCCCAACAGUAGCCCGGGACCCCUUCAGAUGGCAUCGGGGGACCGAAACAAGGAAGCAGGGGGUCCCCCUGACCUUCGUGGCUCUGCCUUCCGGUGGGGAGCCCUCCUGUCUGCAAUAAGAGAUCAGAUUCCUUCGAUGGACUCUGAUGUAUCCUUGGCUGAUGGGGAGGAAGAUGAGGAGCUUUUCCUGUACCAACGGGAUCAGUCCAACUUGAUUCCUGACCUGACAGAAGAACUGGAAGAUUUCUCACUGGAAGGAUCACACUUGCAGGAAACAUUUUCCCUCAUGAGUCAUCCUCAGGAGAUCUGGAAUGAAUAUCUGGGAAGUUCAGCUUUGCAGAAUGAGAGAGUCCCUCUGUCUGAAUCUAGGGGGAACCUCUUGCUUGACACAGGCCUCUCCAGAUGUCAAACUGAAGAAGAGCCAAGCCAACAUGCCAUUAGUUCUUCAGAGUUCUUUAUGAAUGAGCAGCAAUUUGGUGAGGGUAUCUCACGAGUCAUCACAGAAAAAGUGUGGGAUCUGAAGAAAGAGAAGAACGCUCCAAAUUCAUCAUCUGAUACGUUACCAACCAUGGACAUAUCACCUUUGUUGAUGUUAGACACUGGUGAGAAAGAGCGAAGGAAGCUAAUAGAAACGACAAUCCUUUCCAAAGCACCGUUAAGACUCCCUUCUGACUUAGGUCAUCCACAACCCCAAAAUAAAAACCAUUUAGAAAGAAUGGCAGAGGUAAAAAAGGAGACUGUUGUUUUAGCUGAACAUCCCCAGGAACUGACGCUAUUUCGCUUCAAGGAUAUUGAGAAAUGGGAUCUAGACAAAGUUCUCCAGAAGCUAGAGAAGCAAAGUAAGACUACAAACUGGCCGGGGGAAGCUGGAUCUCCUUCUGUGAGCCACGAGACUUUCAGGGCUGUGUCCCAAUCAAGGCUGAUGGGAAAACUAGAAGAAUUGUCUCGUAAGCAGUCGAAGACAUUUUUCCCUCACUGCCAGAGGCGCCCUCCCAAACUUCUCUACCUUGACCAAUGCCGGGGGGAUGCGAGAGAUGAUUCUCUCCCAGCACUCGUAAGAAAUGAUCUGAGUCAGAUUCCAGCAGCACUGUUAUGUGUUCCAGAGCCUCCAACUGUGUAUAUUGAUUUAAGGGACACCAUAAAGCAAAAGCUUGAACCUUUGGCUGAUGAAGCACAAAGCUUGAGUGACAGCUCCUCUGAUGACGAGGAAGAUAUAGAAGUGACAGCCCAAAACGAAGAAGGGAGGAUGAAUGAGUUUUCCCAGCCAUCACGCAAAAAUUGCACUGGGAAAUGUUUUCUGCUGCAACAGCUCCGAAACUUUCGAAAAAAGAUGUCUCAGUUGCCAGCUAUUGCACCAGACAAAAGGAGCCGAGAUCUCCAGAAAUCUGACCAAACUGAUCUGCUGAAUGUCAGAAAAAGGCGGAGUCUGAAACGCAGGGGUCAGUCCUUGGUGAUGGCAGGAAAUUUGGAGUCUAACGCAAGGAAUUCCCUUCUCACUGACUGCACUAAGGGUGCCGCUAAGCCUUCUGGAGAAGUCCAGAAAGAAACCAAGGAAGAGGCAUGUUCGGAAUUGCCUCCAGGUUCUUCUUCAAAGAAAGACGCCAGACGCUCAAGGUAUUGCAUGAAGAAGCUGGAAAUAUAAUUGAUUUGCUAUGUACUUCCUUUCCUCCAAGAAACUCAAGGAAGUGGAAUAAGCCCCUUAAUUCUGUCACUAAUUGGGGUCUCUCAUUGUGCUGAACUGUGCUGCGGUUUGAUUUUCCUUUGCACGUAACACAAAUCCAGUCGUUGUUGUUCGAAAGUCAUGUUUCGGGCCCCAGUAUGGCCAGUUAUGGUUUAAUCAUUAAGUCUUUG